CAAUCAGCUGUGUUUGGCAGUCGAAACUGUCAUCAAUUGGUAUUUUGCAAAGAGGGCGUCAAGUGUAAUAAUUGGAAUUUUUCUUGUAUUUUCAAUGAACUUUCAACGUUUUUAACUUUUCUGUAAAAACAAAUCGGAAUUCUUUUUUUUGUAUUUAUAAUGCUGACUACUUUGGCAAACAUUAAACACAUUCUACAGAAAGAGCUGUUCAAUGGAAGUGGCGAGCGAGUGUUGUCUGUGGUGACGGUGACAAAAACAUUUAAAAAGAAGAAGGCUUGUUAUUUAUGUAUUGUUACUACUCCGCCGCCUGUGCCGGUGGUAACUGUAUGCAUAGUGAAGCAGUCAGAGCAGAGAGAAGGCGAGUAUAAAAAGAAGCGUACCUGGCAACUGGAGGAGAUUAAGUGGGUGGAUGGCCGGAACGAACAGUUUGAAACACAUGAAUUUGAUAUUCAGGUGGAGAAAACCUAUAAAUGGUAUGCCUUAAAUUUGCACGAACGGCAAAAUUUCCUUGCUGUGCUGUACAAACAGAUACAAAAGUAUGUGAGAACGCAGCGAGCAGAAUUCCGAAAUGUGCCCAAUGCGUGGCUAAACGACAAAUCACCGGAAAAAUUGGCCGCUGGACGGAGUGCCGAACAAAAAAAUAUUCAAGAUUCAGAUGACGAGGAAGAAGCGCAGGAAUUUACCGCACUUACAGACAAGGAAGCUACUGAAUUAGGAAAGUUGUUUUCGGAAUGUGACUUUGCAGUGAAGGACGCGGAGCAACUUAUUGAAAAGUUGUCCAAGGAACUUCAUGAUUUGGAUGGGGCAAACAUUCAAAGUGUGCUGGCGUCUGAAAAGCAAGUAUUUGCUUUAAUGGAGCACAUUGAUAAAGCCAUCGCUGAAGCAGAUGGUUUUGAAAAACGUUUGGACUCGUAUGAAGAGAUUUUAGGACAUGUGAAGGAGACCAUGGAGAAGAUUGGUGGUAAAAAUGCAAUGAUAGAAAUUGCAAACAACAACAACAUAAAAUUGAUGAAAGAAUUGAACAAAGUAAUUUCUCAGCUGGAUCUGCCACACGUACAUCAACAUGCGUUGGAUGAACCAGAUUUAAAAACCGUUGCCGGUAGAAAGGCUGCCAUUGCUGCCGCACAAAGCUUACAACAAGCGAUGAACAGCGACAUUGAUCCAACUCUGCUUCGCCUAGAAGCAGUGCAAGACCAACGUAAACGAUUUGAGAAAUGGAAGGCAAAGUUCUCUGGAAUUGUUAGCCGUUUUAUGAAUAACUUAUUUAUACAUUUGGGAAAUGAAAUGGGGGAUAACACCGCAAUGAGUACUGAGCUUGUGCUGCCGAAUCACCUAGCGGUGCACCGCGAGCUAACACCUUACACAGAGCUUAUGCAUUGGACAAAGGCUAUGGACCGCAAGACUUAUGAUGGCUUGACGCGCGUCUACACCACAUCGCUAAGCAAGAUUUAUGAACGUGAUAUCAGGAACUUCUUUUCUUUGGCUAAAUUGCAAAUAUCCGAGAAAUUACGAACGUCUCGUGAAGAUCUGGAUACUUCAGCAUCAUCGAAGAAAUCCGCUGUAUCAGCGGCUCCUUACGGCACCUUAGGUGUGAAUCGCGACCAAUGGGGACCUGGUGUGGAGAACGCCGAUCGCGAACGCUUUGACUCAGUGCUGGAAAAGGUGUUGGCGGAGCUGGAGCCCGUUGCGCUGCAAGAGCAGAUGUUCUGCAUAAACUUUUUCCAAAUGGACGUAAUUAGUCCAACAUCGAAGAAUACUCAAACCACUUUGGAAGUUUUAGAAAAGAGCACUGACUCAGCGAGUCUUCUGGCCUCACCAACAUCGGCAAGUGGCGGAGGGGAUGCCAGUGGAUUCCCCCAGAAGAAAAUUGAUCGCCAAAUUAACGAAGAGGUGCGCAAGUUGAUGAUCGCUUUAUUUGGUUGUUUAGAGCCAGAGCUGGUGAGCUUUAUACAAAGCUUCGAACGCAUUGACAGUUUCUACUCUCUUUAUGUGCUCGUGCGCCUAACGCAGCAUGUCAUGUCCGCGCAGGACACACAUUCCUUCCUUAGUAUGACCUUCGCCUCGGCGUUGGUACAAGUCAAACGGAACUUUGAUCGUUUCAUGCAACAACAACUUUUGUCGAUCAAAGAAGCCAAAGUGCCUAAGCGUUCCAAGUGCGGCAUCUUGCCGUACGUGGAGAACUUCGAGUAUUUCGCACAGACUUCCGAGGGGAUCUUCCGCAAAUCGGAUCGUCGCACCGACAUGGAAAAGUGGUAUCUGCAGUUGGUGAAUUCGAUAUUUGAGAGCAUCACUGUGCAUGCCCAGGAGCAUCCGAAAACGCCGUCGCAAGUCGUGCGCAUGGAAAACUACCACCACAUGUACUCCCUGCUGGCGCAAUUGAAGGUGCCCGGUCUGGACGCCAUGAAGAAGGAAGCCAAAAUGCGUUAUAAUGACGCGCUAAAGGUUUAUGUCAUACAAUACUUUGGACGUCCGCUGGAAAAGUUAAAUCUCUUCUUUGAAGGUGUCCAACAAAAGGUCGCUCAAGGUGUCAAAGAGACGGAGAUCAGCUACCAAAUGGCGUUCUCUAAGCAGGAGUUGCGUAAAGUCAUCAGCCAGUAUCCGGCACGUGAGGUCAAAAAGGGCCUGGAGAAUCUUUACAAGAAGGUAGAGAAACACCUCUGUGAAGAGGAGAAUCUCCUACAAGUGGUGUGGCACGCCAUGCAGGAAGAGUUCAUUGCGCAAUAUAAUUUUCUGGAGGAACGCAUACAGAAGUGCUAUGCGGGCGCGAUGAUCACUUUGGAAUUCAACAUACAAGACAUAUUGAACUUCUUCUCGGACAUCGCGCGUUCCCAUUGAAUGUAUGUACAUUACGGCCAAUAAGACCUUAUUUGGAGCAGCCGAGUAUUUCGUUAGUUUUGUAGAACGAAAAUCAUUUUCAAAUAUUUUUAUGAGUAUUGUGUAUUAUUAUUAUUACGGUUAUUACGAUGAUUACGAAUGUAAAGCUUAGCUUUGUGCACCUUGUGACAAAAAUUAUUGCUUUUCAAUAUAGAUAUGGAAAUAUGUUAGUUUACAAAGACAUGCAGUUUAUGUAUUAUUUCUAAGUGCAAUAGAGCAUAUGCAAAUAACAAACGAAAUAUACCACACUGAUAUACAUACAAACAAACAAACAUUAUGGUUGUUAUAGAAACAUAACAAAUUCUUCAAAAGUUGGCUGAUAGAGGUGGUUUUUGAAUACCACACCAGAAUUUAGAUGUGAUUGUAGUUAGGAUAUGUGACACCAACGAACUUUAUAUUCAGUUCGGAUUUCACUCUCACUUUCGAUUUCUACCUUUAGCUUUUAUGGUAAACUAACACGAAUUAGGCGGUUUCUUAUGGGAGUCUUCCUCAACAUCACAGCAGGUUUGAGAACCCCUGACCGCGAUCAUGUUUUGGGGCUCGCAAUACAAACUUCUCUCUCUAGUAAACAUAAAACACGCUCGCAAGAGCGCCCGGUGCCGCGGAGCAGUAGCAAUGAUAAUAAAACAGCUCACUCACUCGCUCAGCCCCAGUUACACUCGUUGUAGCAGCCCCCUGUCAGCACCCACCGUUCAACACGCUAAAAGCUAUUUCGCUGUGCGACCGCCGCUGAGCGGCUGGAAGUGAGCUCCACCGGCAAGUUCUGCUUCAGUGCGAUUCUGAGUGUUCGAACGUGAAGUCGAUUUGGCCAAGAAGGUGCGCGAGUGUGUGUGUGCCUUUCUGUUUUUAUUUACAAACAAAAUUCUUUUUGCAUUUCAGACUUUUGGCGUUUUGUUGUCAUGCAUUGGCAUUGUUGUUGUCGCCAAUGCCGUUUAAUUUGCAGCAGCCUUUUUUGCUGGUGAACGCAAGCCAACAUACAUAUGUAUGUACAAAAGUGUGAAUUCUUGAAUAUGCGAUUUUGAAAAAACAACAACAACAACAAAAAGUGAAGAUUCAAAAUUGAGACGUGUCAACGCUUCGGUCCUGUGCAUUUACUAAAGUGAAAUGAGAUUUUGUUUCAACAAGUGGAAAGGGUGAAGAGCAAAAAAAAAAAUAAUAAUAAUAAAUAAGCAACAGUGAAGCAAUAAAAGUCGCCAAGCAGCAAUAAUAAUAAAUAAUAAAUAAUAAAUGGCAAAUGUUAAAUACAACAACCAAAGUGAGUGCUAGUGAAAUUGCUUUUGCGCGUUGAACGUGAGUGUGCGGCUGAUCAGUAGUUGUUGGAUUCGCGUAAAUUCAGUGACUACAUGACUGGAAGGUCUUUGUUUGUGUUAUCCUGCUUGCGGCAACCAGAAUCACUUGGGGCGAAAACAACGAACAAAUAAAAGUAAUCUUCCGAAAAUAAAACUCAAAUCAUAAAGUUCUAUAAUACGGUUGAGGAUCGACUCCAAUCUUUCAUAGCAUACUCUCGAGAAGACUUAUUGCAUAUUAAUGACCAAUAUACCGAUUUGUGGUUGCUUAAUGGAGCUAUGUAUGCAUGUAUGUAUAUAUCCCUCAAAAGAAUGUGAAUAUCUAAACUUUAAAGUGAUUACAACUGUGCAUUUUUAUUUCAAGCGUAUUUUGAUUGAUUACAAUAUUCGAAAGAACAACUUCACAAUUGCCACUUUGGUAUUGUAGAAAUACCAGCUUGUGUGAAACACAUAUUCACCGAGUGGCACCGGAAGAAUUUCUGUUGCCAAAUGGUUGAUGUGACUAACAGGAAGUUUGUCGACGACUUCAUCUUGCUGGAAAUAAAUGAUAAGUGCGGAUUAGCUAGUCGCAGGUGUGGUGGGAAACCAACAUGAGACGACCUUACCGGUCCAUAAGGACAAGUUCUGUUAAUCGUGGAAUAUUUCUCAAACCAACUGUGAAAAUAAUUAAUAACGGGAUUAUUGCGUUUCUUCAUAUAUUUGCAGGCGUCCACAGUGAAAUUGUACAAGAAGGGCUUAUAGCCGUUGGCUUUUCGUAGUAAAGCAAAGGCCAUCUGAUUUUUUCGUGAAUACAAAUAUGUGUAAUUAAUAUGGUGCACAAUGAUGUCAGUACUCACCGAAAUGUUGUGAACUGCUUGACGUCUGGGAAACUUGGCGCACAUCGAGAAGUAUUUGUACGUGCGAUUAACCGCUUUAAUUCUGCAUGUAUCGAAGUAGACAUAGCUCCUAUCGGUGACAGUACAUUCCGUAUUAUAGAAGUCCACCUUUGCCCACACACGGAUCUGUAAAUGUUUGGAAAAUAUUAUUUGCUUCCUAGUAUUUUAAUAGUGAUUUAUGUGAAACUUGCAAUCAACAGGCUGAGGAUUAGAGCUGCUCGAAAUAUGCCUCUCUCCAUGUUCGCUACCGAUCCACGAUUAAUAAAACUCACGUUGGCAAUGAAACGAGGUUCAGCUUGGAGUGGCCAUUAGAUCACGUCGUUUUAUUAAUUAUUUUUCAAUAAACAGGGGUGACACAAGUGUGUUGUGUUGAGAUCUUUAAGUUAACGAUGAUGUGUUCGCUUCCUGAAACUGGUAAAGCGAUUGUAAGAACUUCUUGCAUACAGUUUGCCAUUUGUGAUAUGUUUAAUCCAGAUAUCUUGAUGGAAUCCACUGGCGAUUAAUUGCUUGAUCUUUCUGCAUGUAAUACAUUACAAAGCUGAUGACUUCUCCACUUUUUGGUAAAAUUUAUCACCAAAAGUGCGGCCUUUUGGGUUUUUUUGUAAUCCGCUACUUUGUUUUUGCUUCUAAAAUGUCCAUUUAAAUUCAAUAUAUCUUUCAUUAAUCUAUGACAAUUAUUUUGGAAAGUAAUUAUUGUGGUAUUUACAUUAAAAGUGAGGGUUAAUUAUUGGAGCAACAAUCAAUUUAUUUUUAAUGGGUGAAAUAUACAAAAUAAUCAGAGGUUUUUAGUAUCGUCAAAUGUGAGGAUGUUGUAUGGUAGAUUAGAGUGAAACUAUUGCGGAUGGGAGUUGUUUUGGUAUAAUUUUGAGUAUCUAAACUCUUCUGUCCUGAAUAACAUAAUCGGUUCGCUAAGAUCGUACCUCUGCUGCAUUCUGGUAUAUCUACUUUUAUUUGUUAAUUGAGAGUAAAUUUAAGUAAAUAACGGAAUGAUUUUGAAAAGCGUAUUUUUUCAAGAAUCGAAACAUUGGCAAUGAAGUAUAACGUAUACUUGAGGUCGAAAAUCUCGUUUUCUUUUAGCUCGCAUACAUUUAUUUAAAUCAUAUAUUUCCUUCGUACUUAAGUUGUAUGUACUAAGCGUAUUUUGAAUGUAUUUUUCUACACUCAUUUGUGUGUGAGCUGAGAAUUUCCACGUAUCAUAUUAAUAAUAACUUAACCGCUGUUAUUCUAAGCAGUCAACCAAAACGUUUGGGGUCCCUUAGAAUCUAACGAUUGGAUGAAAGGUUAACUUCAAUUAACUAAAGCCUCUGAAUGCUCGAGUAGCUUAAUUUUAAUGUUAAAUAAUAAAAUGUUCAGUAUGUAUGAGAAGUUCUAAGCGCUUACAAAGUUCAGCCCGAGAGUAGUAUACAUACACACAUAUAUGGUACAGUGGCUGGCAAAAGUAAUGCUCUUAUACGCCAAUGGGCCAAGCAAAGAUUUUUUUUAUUUAGACAAAAUAGCACUGUAAAAAUAUAACACUGUAACUGAAAUUAAGUUGUGUUAUAAAGCAUACGAAUAAAAUCUACGACUCUCAACACUUACAAAUUAAGUAAAAUUUAUUUACUUUAAUUUAACUUUAAUGUUCUUUCUAAAAAAUUAUUUUCUAACCAAUUUUCGAACGUAUAAACAUAAAAAUUAUAAAAGGCCGCUAACGGCAUAAUAUUGAAAAUAUUAUAAAUUAUUGCACACCUGUGGUAAUGAGAAUUUCUACGUUUGAAUCAUUGUAUAAGAAUAUAUGCAUUACAUAAUUAACACAACGGCAUAAUUAUGAAACGGUUGGAAUUUAUGUAUGUGAAUGGAAAACAUACUUGAGCAUGGAUAAAAACGGUGAAUAAAUUAAUUAUAUUUUCAGCUUCCGCACUGCAUGCUUGUUGUUGUAAUAAACAAGUGAAAGAACAACAAAAAAUACAUUACACAAAAAAGCUAUGAUUAACUUUAUUAUCUACUUGUUGGAGCAGCAUAAAUUGACAAGAACGCUUGGUAUCUACGAACUAUUCGCUUUUCGCUGGUUUAAAUUCCCGACUAAAUGGUUGAAUAAUAAUUUUACUUAUAUAACGGUUUUCGCUAACUGAUUUGAACUAUAUAAUAUGUAUAAUAAAUAGUUCUAUAUAAAAAAUAUUAUCAGCACCGAACCUCCCAGUUAAAAGGAUUAGAAAUAGGAGUAGAAGUUAUAAUAGACAUCUCAUCCCAGAUCGGUCAAACAUUUACACCAUUACUUACUUUACCUUAUGUACUUCUAUGUAUGAAGUAAAAUUUUUAACAUAGCUUUUGGGAUAGAAAUCACAAUUUUUUGGUUGAAUUAACUGUAUUUUGUAGGCAAUGUAUUUUCGAAUUAGACUUCAUUAGGCGAGGACCACUGUCUGUAUACUCGUAUAACGUGCAUGAUUGUGAGGAGUGUGUACACAGAUUUACUGACUUUGAACCGAAGUUGCUAAUUUGUUAUUUUUGUUUGACCUUCAACAGCAGUCAGCGAACGUUUUUAUCAAUGAUGUGAUUAGCAAUCAAUUUUUUAUGAUUAUUGUAUUUCUGUAUAUUAAUUGCUUUGUUUCAAAACAUUAAGCACGUUUUUGCGCGAAGAGGAAAUAUUUACAAGUAAUUAUUACACGAGCUGACUCAACAUUGAAAUUGAAAAAUUGAAUUUAACUAUUUGUUUACAUGAUGUAGCCAUAAGCGAUAAACAUGAAUAGAGACAGAGACGGACGACGAAGCAGCGCUUUUAUUAACUAACUAAAUUUUGGAUUAUUGUAUAAUUUUAUUUUGACUUAAUAGCAAAAAAGCGAAUUUAGUAACAUUUUCGCCGCAAUAAAUUAUCUAAAUGUAUAUAUAUAUAUAUUUGAAAUAAAAUCGGCGAGUCAUUCGAAUGGCAUUUGAUUUAAUGAAGGCGUCAUCACGUUAGAUUUUCGUCAAUAUUCCUUCAUUCUAAUAUAAUUCACUAGUCGUUUUGUUUUUGUGUCUGUUGGGCGACAAACGAGCGUCGGACGUGUGCAAUGAGAAUAACAUUAAAUAAUGGAAAAGCGGCCGUUGUCACAUGAAAGGUGACAAUGCCAUGCAGAUGACAUGUCCUGCCAACCUUGAGGCGACAUUUGUCUGGAAAACUCCAAAAAAGCAAUAUUUUUAUCUGCAAUCUGUGCACAAUCUGUUGACAGCGAAUGAGCUGUCACGGGAAUUACAUACAGACACAUGUCAUUAACUACUGCGAUCCCACGCUGCGCGCUCACCACGCUCAAAUUGUUUGUUUUACUAUUCCUUCGGCGUAAAAGUGGACAUUUCCUACACAUUAACUUCCGUAAUGAGUAAUUUCCUACGCACCGACACUCUCUCUCUCUCUCUCUUGCACUCCUAUGCAUGCGUAGGUGCAAACGAAGGUGCUUACGUUGAGAUUCAUCGACGUUAUGACAGGUACGCAUGCAAACAUAUGUAUCUAGUCUUGGGCAAGUAUUCUGGUAUAUGUUUUAUGCCUUUCUCAAGGCAGGUCUAACGAACAAUUAAUUCUUUACAUAGCUGCGUUGUUUUCCCUUCGUGAUUUUUGUUCAGCGCACUGUUUUUGUUGUAAUGCAUGAGGGAAUGACUAACGUACCCUUUCUUACAAAUUAGAGACAAGCCCUGGACGACGGUUCGACGGCAGGCUUUAUUGCCUGCAAUUAGUCAUCAGCCAUCAGAUAACGAGAACAGAGGAGCAAAUGUGAGAAAGUCACUUGAAGUUAAGGUACUUUAACAGCUCCGCCUGCACGUAGCCAUUUGUAUACUCCUAUAUAUUCUAGCUUUUGGGCUGGGAAAUUAGUAACGCGAUAUUAUUUAUAGACAAUGCUGGCCUUUAAAAAGAAGUGAAUGAGACGAAUUGCAAUCAAAUUCUUCAUUAUAUUCAUCAUAAAAGGGAGAUGGGGUGUAUAAUUUAAUGAUAGGAUUAGAGUUUUUAAUCGGACUAAAGGCUUGUGGUCCUUAAUCGAAGCUGAGUUGUGUUAUGGAUUCAAAUUAGAAGAACAGUCAGAAGAAAUGGGAUUUCUAACGACGAUGGUUCCACGAUAUGCAAUGAAAGAUGUUGUUGUUAUAACGAUACUGUAGACCCUGGUUAAAACGGAAGGCAUAAAUCGAGCUGUCAACGAGGUCAUCUAACGGGAGGCCCAUCUAACGGGAGGAAACAAGCUGUUCGAAAGGGUCGGAUCAUAGGGAGAAGGGUGCUAGAUGAGUCAGGUUCGCUGCGCAUGCAAAGAUGGAUGGUGGUUUGACUCCAAGGACGCCAUUCGCUGUUAGGGCGUCAAGCAAGAUGUUAAUAUCUCAUCAAAAGCAAUCCACCAUUAAAUUUCCAAGGAGUUUACCGAUGAGAAUUUUAUAUAAAAAACUCUGACCACACUACCGAAGCUUUCUUUUCACCGUCCAUCAGAGUCAUCAUCAUUAUUAUUUAAAAAUAGCGACAACAUCGACAUUUCGACAUGCAUUUCUUGCAAAAGCACAACAACAAUGUAAACAAAAACAAACUGGAUUGCACAAAUCACAACAAAGCCACUUGAUGGGCGAACGACCCACUAGCGGCCAAAUGCCAAACCGGUAAAGCGACGGACCGCCAAUCGAACGGCCAUGAUCGCGCUCUCCGCAAGACACAUUGCACCCCAUUGCACCAGCGACGUUUCUUCGCCGGCGUCAGUAGCAGCCAACAUAUGUAUCAAAGUAGCAAAAACUCAACAACAACAAUAGCAAAACUCGAGUGGACAUGUAGAACGCGCAGAGUGCAGGUAGAAGCCGAAGUAGGCGAGUGAGUGCCGUCGAAUUGGGUGAACAACAAAUGAUGAGAUGAGCAAACAAAGCGCCGCUAUUAAAGUAUACCGAGUACUACCACAUUACUCCACAAAAAUGCAGUGCGCGAUGAGCAAAGGUGGCUAAGACAGAGAGGGCGAGAGAGAGAGUGUGUGUGAAUGCCAAGUGAAGUAGCGGAAAAACACAACAACUCAACUCUUGUAGCUUGCUGCUCGCUGACUGAGCAAACAAAACAAACCGCCCGACAUGUGUCGGUGUGCUGCUAUUUCGGGGGAUAUUUCAUAUUUCCGCUGCAACCACCACCGCCACCGACGACAGGUAGCCAGCCAGCCAGCCGCUCAGGCCGUGCGUCAGUCCGUCAAUCGUGUUGUGUGCUCUGUCACGUUGGCCUACAGGUGAAGUAUAUGGUACAGCUGAAGUUACCGGUCGGCCGGCUUGUCAUUCGGCAGAUCGCACGCUCACCGCGCUGUGGUGUUUUCGGGACGUCAAUUCUUCGUUGCAUGUCAGUGUCAAGCGACAAACAAUAAGUGAAGCAAAGCAAAUGAGAAAAGCAAUACAAAAAAAUAACAAAGAAAAAAUCACUUGCACUGCUCGUAAAAUUCACAACCGACUCAAUGCACAAAUGGACGAAUGGACGAACGAAGCGACAGAACGCCUGCAAUAGCCGUUGAGCUCAAACAUAGCAUUUGAAGCGGAGCAAAAGUGUGUGAAACGCGAUAUUUACGUGAAUAUUAAUUGAAUUCUCUCCAUACAUAUCAACUACUCGGUUUCGGCUCGGUUUCCAGGAAAUAAAUACACAGAUUUGCGAAGUGUUCUUAAAUUACAUCUUCCGUUUGCAGUGUCAUCAUGGUGAAUGUGGGAAUUUAGCAGGAAUUCGCGUACAAAUAGAGUGGUGCCAAUUUCUGGCAAAUCGAGUGAGAAGUGUCCGCAACGAAGAAACGUUUUACCUUAUUUUUAAUAAAAAAUUAAGUGCAAAAAAGUGUUGUAGUGGUGUUUGGCACAUUGUGCUUAAUUGCGAUUUACCUUCUCUAUAUUCUUGUCCAUUAAGCGUAAGAAUACUAGAAGAAAGAAA